CUAAACUUUAUUUAUUUCAAACUCAAAUUUCACGUUCUUCAACAUUCAAAAUAGCUUGAGAAAUUUAAUUUACUCCACAUUCUUCAACAUUCAACAUAUUAGAGAGAGAGAGAGAGAGAGAGUCGUGGUGCAUAAACGAUGAAUGUAUCACUCUCGAGCUCGGCGGCGCCGCUGACGCCGUCAGCGGCGCCUCAGCGGGCGGCAAUCCCCGGCAGCUACGGGUGGCCGGUGAUCGGGCCGCUGACGGAUCGGCUGCAGUACUUCUGGCUGCAGGGGCCGAAGAAUUUCUUCGCGAAGCGGAUGGAGAAGUACGGCAGCACGGUGUUCCGCACGAACGUGCCGCCGGCGUUCCCGUUCUUCGCCGGCGUGAACCCCAACGUGGUGGCGGUGCUCGAUGUGAAAUCGUUCCGCCACCUCUUCGACAUGGAGCUCGUCGAAAAGUCGAACGUGCUCGUCGGCGAUUUCAUGCCCAGCGUCAAUUACACCGGCGGAUUUAGGGUUUGCGCUUACCUUGAUACCGCAGAAAGCAAGCAUUCACAGAUAAAAGACUUUGCCAUCGACAUCAUAAGACGAAGCUCGAGCACUUGGGUUUCAUCCAUGGCUACCACCCUCGAUGACAUGUGGGAUUCCCUCGAGUCCCAGCUUGCCGCCGCCGGCGAUGGAGGCUCCGUCAACUACAUUUUCCCUCUCCAAGAAUUCCUCUUCGCCUUCCUCAGCCUCAACAUCCUCGGCGCCAACGCCUCUGCCUUCCCUGAGAUCAAGAAAUCGGGCCACAUAAUGCUCGACAAAUGGCUCGCCGUGCAGCUCCUCCCAACGAUAAGCAUCAACGUCGUGCAGCCCCUUGAGGAGAUCUUCCUCCACUCGUUUUCCUACCCCUUCUGGCUCGUCAAAUCCGACUACGAGAAGCUCGCGAGUUUCGUCGAGAACGGAGCCGGAGAGGCUGUGCGAAGAGCGCAAACCGAGUUCAAGCUCACCAAGGAGGAGGCCAUCCACAACCUCAUCUUUAUGCUCGGGUUCAACGCGUUUGGAGGGUUCUCCCUCUUCUUCCUCUCGCUCCUCGGCAACCUCGGGGAGCAGGAGCCGAGCGUGCACGAGGAGCUGAGGAGGGAGGUACGGGAGAAGCUCUCGAACAACGUCCUUAGCUUUGAAACGGUGAAGAAGAUGGACCUGGUGAAUUCGUUCGUGUACGAGACACUGCGUUUGGAUCCACCAGUCCCGCAGCAGUUCGCCCGAGCUCGAAAGGACUUCGACCUCGGCUCGCACAACGCCGUGUACGAGAUCAAGAAAGGGGAACUGCUGUGUGGCUUUCAGCCACUAGUGAUGAGGGAUCCUAAAAUAUUUGAGAAUCCAGAGGACUUUGUGUACAACAGAUUCUCAAAGGUAAAAGGUGGUGAUGAGUUGCUGGAAUACCUGUUCUGGUCGAACGGGCCGCAGACGGGGACUCCGGGGCCGUCGGCCUCCAACAAGCAGUGCGUGGCCAGGGACGCCGUGCCUCAAACUGCUGCUGUGUUUCUGGCUUACCUGUUUCAGAGAUAUGAUGAGAUCUCAAUUUCUUCUGGCUCCAUCACUGCUCUCAAAAAGGCAAAGUGACGGUAUCUACGCCGUAUAUGAGUCCGUAUCAUCAUACCUUACGACGUCUGUAAACGUCGACUUCUGUCAAUAUAUAAAAGAAACAUGGCAGAAUAA